GGUCAUCGUUCAUGACGGCGUCGAGCGCAAAGUGGCCAUGGCGGCCAAAUGCUGCGACUCCCCCGUCAUAGUCACAGAGUACGGCUCCAGCGUCGCAUGCUGCACGAAUUGUGGCGAAGUCGUCGAGACCGUCUUUCUCAGCAACGAAGAGCCGUACAGUGAUACCUACACCGGACACUCCCGUGCGGGACUGCCCUUGAAGAGCUUCAGGAACGAUGGACGCGUUCUGGCAGGACAAGACACGGAGCUGAGGCGUUACAAGCUGAGGACGGAACUGUACACGUACAUCAAGCAAUUCACUGUCGAAAUGGGCUGCCCUGGUCUCAAUGAGCGCGUCUGUAACCUCUUCGAUCAGGCCAUGGCCAGCGGUCAGUUCACCUGGGGCAGCAAGGCCAUCUUCGUCGCCGGCGCCGCGCUCAUACUCGCGCAGCGCGAAGCCAACCGAUGGGAGUCGAUACACGACAUAGCGUACCUCCUCCAGAAGGUCCAGGGCUUCAACACCGCGUCUCUCACAUCCACGAACCUCGGCCGUACCUUGAACGCCGUCAAACACGCCUUGAAUAUUGAGCACAAGUUCCAGGACCACGGGGAACUUCUCGAUGCCGUGCAGAAAAGACUGCGAACUGGCGCUGACGACAAUUCUUCUGACCGGCCGCCCUCGGCCUGCAUCAAGCUCCUCGCCAACGCCAACCUCGAUGUUGUAGCGAACAUUGCGCGCACUCUGCACAGUCAACUUGGUCGCCUCCCUUGGUCACACGAGCUGCGCGUGCUCUCCUUCCCGGCUACUGCGUGCGUCAUCGCUAUCCUAGCCCUCGAGGCUGAACAGCGUGCGAUCAUGCCCAAGUAUGCCGAAUUCGCCGGCUGGCUGGGCGUGAAGCACGGCGUGAAGAAGGGGACGAUCCAGGAACGUGGGCGUAUCCUGCAGGAUCUCGCGCUGGAAUGGAUAGGCGAGAUCAGCUGGCUGCAGCAGUACGACCCCAAGGCGAAGAAGUCGUCGGGCAAGCGGCUUGUCAUUGCGCGCGGGCUGAAGGAUGCGUUAGAGCACCAGGAGAAGGUGUGGAAGGAAAGGGUCGACACGAAUAUCGCGUCGCGCCUGGCGUCACCUGUCGAUGAGCAGCCGGAGGCGGAGACGUCGCCAUGUCCAGCUGCGUGUACUGGCAAGCGGAAGAGGCAGGAUGAAUGCGCCACACGCCCGAAGCGCCGGCCGCUUCCUGCCUCCGUUUCGGCUGCUGCUCAGUUCCUCCUCGAUCCCACUGCCGCGCCAGCGCCCAGGCGCAGACGUCGCACGCCGGCCACGGCCACGUCUGAUGCAGGCCAUUCCGAGACGUCCGCCAUGUUGCCGACAGCCGCGCACCUGCUUUCGUCGCACGCGGCACUUGGACCUGCGCCUACGCGGCUGCAGAAGCUCGUCGCCGUCCGAGGGGGUGCAGACCGCGUCACUGACGACGAGCUCUUCGAGGAGGACGAGUUCGCCAGCAUGUUCCGGUCGGAGGCGGACGUCAAGAAGCUCAGCGACAUGGUCAUCGACAUAUGGAUCGCCGAGGAGGCUAUACGCGCGGAGAAAGCCGAAGCGAGGCAGCGCUCACGGCAGAAACGAAAGAAGCGCGCGGAAGGCGAAGAGAGCGAGCGCAUCGACAAAGACGCACUGGAGAAGUUCUUCGACGAUGAUGAUGAAAAGGACGGGGAGGAGGAAGACGAGAGAGGAGAAGGUGGUUGGUUCGACGACCUGAAGGCCCUCAGCCCCGAGUCGGAUCCUGGCUUUGGGACAGCGGUCGGCCUGGGUGUUGGGCUGGGAAUGAGGGUUGAUGACAAGGGCAACGAUCCGGACGCGGAGAAGGGCGACGACGAGUACGAGCUCGCGCGGAAGGAACUCAUGCGCAUGCACGCGGGUUCCGAUGCGAUGGUCGUUGGCGACUGGCGGGCGGCGUCCCCGUCAGGUUGGGGUGGCGGUGAUGACUACUUCUGAGUUUCUAGGAGACUACGUCUGAGUGCGUGGCGACUAAUAAGUUUGGAGAAAAGGGCGAGGAGAGGAGGCCGUUAUGUGAGCCUCAGCGCUCAGCAACCUAUCAUGUAGAAUACCCCGGUUUUGGACUUCUGUUUGCAUCGCAUCACACUUGCAUCUGUAUAUUAUUGUUAUCGACAUCUUUAGCAUAGCUAUCUUACCGUAUCGUUCCGCACAAACUUACCGUAGAAUUUGGCUCCCAGAAUUUACAGCCGCGCGUCUUGAUUCGAGCGAACCCCUUAUAUAAAGGAUAUUGAGGCUUCAUAUUGACGAGUACCUGCACCCUUUCCCUGGCCAGUGU